UCCAGUCAUUGUAAGACCAAAAAUAUGUCUUUUGUCUGUGUUACUUCCAACCCUGCCAAGAUACUAUAAAAUAAAGCUAAUUUUGUGUUUUGAUGCUGGUGGUAGCCAUCAGCUGAGUCAGACCUCCCAACCCCACCUUUCAUCUCUCAUGUCUUCUCUUCUGUUUUAUUUCCUCAACCCCUACUGCUUCCACUCUGGUUUGUUCUCCUUUUCCCCACAGGCUCACAAAACGAAACAUUUCCAGAUUGGAGCAGAACAGUUAGAAGAAGUAAAAGAGGGAAAGAACAGGAGAGAGGGCCACAAAGUGGUGAUCAAGAGCCCAGGGGGAGACCCAGAGAAGAAGACAAAAAGAAGAGCAGGGGAGAGGUCGCUCCUGCCUCAGGGCCUUAAUUGUGGAAGUCUUUGUAGAACUGUCCGAGCCACUCAGCUGCAGGAUUGACUAUUAAUGAUUCAUUUGGGGUGAAGAAGGAGUACAGAUCAGAGGAAGGAAUAAAGAAGAUAAAUCAGCAAUGGCUCUUACUCAGGGAUGCUUGACAUUCAGGGAUGUGGCCAUAGAAUUCUCUCAGGAGGAGUGGAAGUGCCUGGACCCUGCCCAGAGGGCUUUGUACAGGGCCGUGAUGUUGGAGAACUACAGGAACCUGGUCUCCCUGGGACUCUUGCUUCCUGACCUGACUGUUCUCUCCAUGUUGGAGGAAGGGAAAGAGCCCUGGGUUUCGGAGACUGAAGUGAAAACACCAAGAAAUUCAGACUGGGAGGAAUGGAUCAAAGGUGUGCACUCAGGAAGGAGCUAUGUAUUGGGAAUGGAAGCAAGAUACAAAUCUAUUAAAAAUCAACUUGGAUUAAGUUUUCACUCUCAUCUUCCUGAACAGCAACUAUUUCAAGAUGAAGGGAAAGUUGAUGAGUGCAAUGAAGAUGAAAAGUCUCUCAACUGUAUUACUUCAUGUUCACCACUUGAAACCACUCCUUCUAAGUUCAAAACCCACAUGCUUAAUAAAUAUCAGAAUGAUUUUGUCCAUUCUCCAGUAGUCACACAAGAAGUGAACACGCAUAUUAGGGAAGAACCUUACAGGCGUAACGAGCGUGAUGAAGCCUUUAGUGUGUCUUCAAGCCCUCCUGACCAUGGGGUAGUUGAUACUGAAAAGAAACCUGUGAUAUGUGAAGAGUGUGGCAAGACCUUUAGGAAAAAAUCGUAUUUUGUACAACACUGGAGAAUCCAUACUGGGGAAAAACCUUACAGAUGUAAUGAGUGUGGCAGUGUUUUCCGGCAAAAUGCACACCUAUUGCGACAUCGGGUAAUUCAUUCUGGAGAAAAACCUUACAAAUGUACUGACUGUGGCAAAGCAUUUGGUUUGCUUUCAAUACUUUAUAAACAUCAGGUUAUCCAUAAUGGGAAUAAGCCUUACAAAUGUGAGGUGUGUGGCAAGGUUUUCAGGCAAAAUGCACACUUAGCAAGGCAUCAUAAAAUUCAUACUGGAGACAGACCUUACGAGUGUAAUGAAUGUGGCAAGGCCUUCAUACAGAAGAAAGCCCUUACAAUUCAUGAGAAAACACACACUGGACAGAAGGUUUUCAAAUGCAUUGAGUGUAGCAGAAUCUUUCGUCAUAAAUCAAAACUUAAAACUCAAUACACAAUCCGUUUGGGAGAGAAACCUUACAAGUGUAAGGAAUGUCGCAAGGCCUUCAGACAGAAAGUAUUCCAUACUGGUCAUCAGAAAAUAUAUUCUGUAGAGAAACCUUAUAAAUGUAAUGAGUGUGGCAAAGCCUUCAGUAAAAAGACAUCCCUUACAUGUCAUCAGCGAAUUCAUACUGGAGAGAAACCGUAUAAAUGUAACGAGUGUGGCAAGGUCUUCUGCCAACAGUCAACCCUUAAAACUCAUCAGAGAAUCCACACUGGGGAGAAACCUUACAAAUGUAAUGAAUGUGACAAGGUCUUCAGGCAUAAGCUAUCCCUUACAGUUCAUCAGAAAACACACACUGGAGAGAAACCUCAUAAGUGUAAUGAAUGUGGCAAGGCCUUCAUCCGGAAGAUAUCCCUUACAAUUCACCAGAAAACACACACUGGAGAGAAACCUUACAAAUGCAAUGAGUGUGGCAAACUCUUUACUUGCAAAAGUUACCUUAUACAACAUCAGGGCAUUCAUACAGGAGAGAAGCCUUACAAAUGCAACGACUGUGGGAAAAAUUUUAGGUUGUGUUCGAACCUUCGUUUGCAUCAGGUUAUUCAUAAUGCAAAUAAACCCUACAAAUGUGAUUGUGGUACAGCUUUUAGGCACAAAGUAUCCUUAAGAGUUCAUCUCAGAAUUCAUACUGGGGAGAAACCUUACAAUUGUAAUGAGUGUGGCAAGCCCUUCAAAUGGAAGAAAUCCCUUAGAGUUCAUAAGAAAACACACUGGAGAGAAUCCUUAUAAAUGUAAUGAUUGUGGGACGGUAUUUAGUUUAAAAUUAUACCUGAAAAGUUGUCAAAGAAUUGACACAGAAGAGAAACCUUACAAACCUGCAUGGCAAAGUCUUUAGUCAAAUUUCAUGCCUUGCCCAGCAUCAGAGAAUUUAUUUGUUGCAGACUCACUGAGAGUGACAAAUCUUUCGUUACUAGUUUUACCAUUAAUCAGUAUCCCAGUACAUACUAAAGAGAAAUCAAAUAAAUGCAAUGUACGUGGCUGGGGCGUGCCUACUCAAGUCCUCAGUACAUACCUAAAGGUACAUCUUCCAUGAAACCACUCAGAUGAAGUGUUUGUCAUGUGACCGAUUCCCAAGGACCAUUACCAUGAGAGAGCUUGCACAAGAAAUAAAUCAGUCUCUAGUUCUCCAGUAUUUAAAGUCUGAUGUUACAUGGUGGAGAGUGACUAUAAAUCAAAAUACAUUGACUGGUAUGACAUGACAUGUAUCAACAAUGUAAGGACAUGUGGACAUCAUCGGUUAUAUUUAGGUUAUACACUAUUUCAUUAUUUGAGGUUGCUUCAGAAAUCUACAUUUCAUGACUUUCCACCUGAACUUUGAAAUAUCUUCAUCAUAUGCCAUCUUUACCAACCAUUGACUGUGGUGUGUGGGAAGGAAAAAGUAGAGUGAUAGAUUUGCGACUGCCAAGAAUCCUUUCUUUGCCAUUUUCUGGAAGGAAAAGGCACUGGUGUGAUCACAGACCACUGCCCCCUACACCUGAUGGCCUCCAGGUAUCUUGUUCUCUCUCCCUUCCAGAUAGCUGGGACUACAGUGCACCAUAUUUGA